CCGUUACGUACCACGUGCGUCGCCGUGAGAUGCAGCCGGAGUUCAGCAGCAGAGCCUGCAUGUGAGGAUCAACGUGUUUAAGUGGACUCUGUUUAAACUUUCGGGAUGUUUCACCUCAGACUCAUCUCCUGUUAGCCAAGAAUGCUAAAGGAAGUUAGCUUGUUAGCAGGAAGUAGCCGGAGCCGGAGCUCGGCCUCACAGUCGGAGCAGCUUCCAUAGAGACCAAACUGUAUUUUUCACGGAGCCCAAAUGUCCAAAUGUCCAGAUAGAGCUGUCUGAAUAGACUCUGUGCUGUUCCCUUUAUCUGAACAUGUUUAACAUCUGAAUUAUCUCCCGCUGUCCUACGAAGCUAAUGCAGUUAGCUUAGCUUGUUAGCUGGAAGUAGACGGAGCCGAACGUGACGUCAGAGUGAGCCGCGUGUUUGAAAAUGUCUGAAGUCGUGAACGAGGACGAACAUCGCAAACUGCUGGACGCUGUUUUGAAGCCCGUUGUCCGGUUACAGAGAGCAGACAUCCAGCUGCUGUUGGUGAGCAAAAAAAUGGUUCCCCCUGAACAGCAGGAGUGGAAACCCAGUCUGGACCACAAGGACCCACCGAAGUCUAUGCACAUUAAAGAGGAGUGGAAACCCAGUCUGGACCAGGAGGACCCACCAGAUCCACCACACAUUAAGGAGGAGUGGAGCCCUAGUCAGGACCUGGAGGACCCACAAGAGCCCCCAUACAUUAAAGAGAAGCAGGAAGAACUCUGGAUGACUCAGGAGGGAGAGCAGCUUCAAGGGCUUGAAAUUAUCAAGUUCACAUUCAUUCCUGUCCCUGUGAAGAGUGAAAAAGAUGAAGAGAAACCUAUGUCCUCAAAGCGUCAUCAAAGACUAACUGAACAGAUGGAGAAAGAAGCUGAUGGAGAGGACUGUGGAGGACCAGCCAGUAACUUAGAUCCAGAUAGAUAUUUACAACCAGAUACUCAUGACAAGAGGUCAGACUCCUCUGAACAAUACAGCAGCAGUUUUUCAUCAUCUACUGAUGAAACAACGUCAGACUCUGAAUCUGAAACUGAUGACAAUUGUGUCUGGGAGGACACUGAUAAACCUCAGUCAGGUUCAAACUCUCCAAAAAACACCAGAUGUUUCAUUGGUUUGGAUUCAAUUAGCUGCUCUGAGUGUGGGAAAGAACUCAGUCGAAAAUCAGAUCUGAAGAGGCACAUGAGAAUCCACACAGGAGAGAAACCAUUUAAUUGCUCAGUUUGCGGUGAAAGAUUUAUACAACAGGUUUCUCUGACAAACCACAUGGUUCACCACACAGGGAAGAAACGAUACAGCUGCAGUUUUUGUGGCAGAGGAUUCACUUGGCCUUAUCAGCUCAAAAAACAUUGGUCUCUUUGUCAUCAGUCCUCAAGCCUUCAGAGACUAACUGAACAGAUAGAAACUGAUGGAGAGGACUGUGGAGGACCAGAACCAGCCAGGAACUCUGAUCCAGAUAGACAUUCACAACCAGAUACUCAUGACAAGACAUCAGACUCUUCUGAAUCUGAGACUGAUGACAGUUGUGAUUGGGAGGACACUGCUAAACCUCAGUCAGGUUCAAACUCUCCGAAAAACACCAGAUGUUACAUUGGUUUGGAUUCAAUUAGCUGCUCUGAGUGUGGGAAAGAACUCAGUCGAAAAUCAGAUCUAAAGAGGCACAUGAGAAUCCACACAGGAGAGAAACCAUUUAUUUGCUCAGUUUGCGGUGAAAGAUUUAUACAACAGGUUUCUCUGACAAACCACAUGGUUCACCACACAGGGAAGAAACGAUACAGCUGCAGUGUUUGUGGCAGAGGAUUCACUUGGCCUUAUCAGCUCAAAAAACAUUGGUCUCUUUGUCAUCAGUCCUCAAGCCUUCAGAGACUAACUGAACACAUGGAAACAGAAGCUUAUGGAGAGGACUGUGGAGGACCAGAACCAGCCAGGAACUCUGAUCCAGAUAGACAUUCACAACCAGAUACUCAUGACAAGACGUCAGACUCUGAACCUGAGAUAGAUGACAGUUGUGAUUGGGAGGAGACCAGGGAACCUCGGUCAAGUUCAACCCCUCGGCAAAAAAACAGACGUAACACUGGUGAGAAGUCGUUUAGCUGCCUUGAGUGUGGUAAACAACUCAGCCAAAGCUCAAAUCUGAAGAGACACAUGAGAAUUCACACAGGAGAGAAACCAUUCAGUUGCUCAGUUUGCGGUAAAAGAUUUAUACAACAGGUUUCUCUGACAAACCACAUAGCGCUCCACACAGGGAAAAAACGAUACAGCUGCAGUGUUUGUGGCAAAGGAUUCACUUGGCCUUUUCAGCUCAAAAACCAUCGGUGUGGUGGUCGAAAAAGUGUAACUUUACAAAUAAAGACAAAAACUGAGGGAGAGGACUGUGGAGGACCAGAACCAGCCAGGAACUCAGAUUCAGAAAAACAUUUACAACCAGAUACUCAUGACAAGACUUCAGACUCCUCUGAAUCUGAGACUGAUGACAGUUGUAAUUGGAAGUAGGGCUGCAACCAAUAAUUGUUUUUGUUGUUUUUGUCACCCCUAAACCUAAUGAAUCCAUUUUAACAAAUGAAAUAUCUUUCAAGUAAAUUACUGAUCUCCAACACACAGCCUAACUAACGUUACCGUGAAGUGAACAAGGUUUACUAUUCAGAAUGAACACUAGGGGGAACAUAUGGAAGAAGAGAAGACAGGGUAGGAUAUUCCCAUAAUUCACUAAAAGAGCGUUCUCUUAGCCAGCAUCAUCACUGAGACCCCAAAACCAAAAAUGCGAAGAACUAGGGAGAGGCUGCUCCAAGAUAACAGCCAGGUUUUAUCACCCAAAACAAUGAGCUCACAAUCUGAUUUAUUGCCAAGUAGGUUUAACUUUAAAACUUUUAACUAAAAUAAAAGCAAGUACUAUAACCACAGCUGUACACUAACAAUGAGAUGUCUAUUUAGAAUAACAAAGCAACAGACACCUUUGAUAAUACUUGGUAGUUUAUUUGUCCAAAGUGCUUAAACAUUUUGUUCUAUAGGCUACAUUUGCGCACAUUUUCAAUUCACCAUCAACCUUCGUAAGACUGCCAAUAUUCAAGUUCUACACUAAUGUCAACUAACCUUUGCAGCCCUAAUUUGGAGGAGAUCAAGGAACCUCAGUCAGGUUCAAACCUUAUGGAAAAACAAUGAAGUGCCUGUAAGUGAUAUUGAAUGUUAACUGGAAAAUCAUUUGCUGCAAGCUUUAACCACAAGGGAUAUCUGCAGGAAGACAGUGGAAACCCAACCAGUCAAUGUCCCCGAGCCAAAAAGUUUGCCCACCCCUGAUUUUGGAGAUAGCUGUUUAGCUACACUUUUUGUAUUUGAUCUUUUUUUUUUGUAUUUUUUGACAGAAAGAGAAGAAGUUUUUGUAACCAGUUAGCAUAGCAUGCUAAGUAGCUAUUAGCUAAAACAGUCCCUGUAAGGCUCGUCUCUCGUAUUUGAUCUUUUGUUACAGUUAUUGAUUUAACUUUAAUUGAUUGAUUGAGGUGUUUAAGUGUAGUUGAGUUCUUGCUAUUAUGUGAAAUGAGGAUUUCCUUUAUGGGGAGUUGGAGCUUUGGUUAAACAUUAUGAGCAUUUAGUUUGGUAGGCCUAUUUCAGUUAAGUUUCAAAUGAAUGUGUUUAGUUUAGUAGCUAUCUUUUAUUAUAGAUACUGGUCAUGUAAUACCACACCUUUCGUUAGAGUUGCAGAAGAAAGUAUGUGAAUUACCUGGAUAUUGGUCAUUGGUGACCAAGGGCCUGCACCACGAAGCCAGUUCAACAUACCCAGGAUAUCUUUUUGUUAUCUGGCUUCACUGACCCUGAAAAUUACUAUCGGGAUACUGUUAAAAAGAUGAAUCAAAUAGGAUGAUGUUGCUACAAAAGUUUCUCUGUAUCGUCGUGGUACUAACCACAAAGUUACCUGGAUAAGCUGAAAUGAUACAGGCCCCUGAUCUUCAUCUACCUCAUGACAAUAGACAAACUAUGUGGACAUAAACAUUAACGUUACCGUUAAUCAGCAUUUAUGUUAUGGCUACUUGACAUUUGACAGCUAAUAUAUUACAUUGUCUGUCUUCAAAGACCCUGUCCUUCUACUGGGCUUUAAAACUAACUAACCCAACCCUAUAAUACCACCUUAAUAUUUUCAUUUACAGCUGUUUCUGUAUACACUAACAUAUGUUAUAUACACUGUAUUCAAUUAACAUAAGACACUGAUGAAUGAAGAAUGUGAUUUCCAAAGGGUUCACAUACUACACAUGAGAAUUGUUACCUAUACCCUCAGGUAAAUAAAAUCACUUACCUCCCAAA